AUGGGUUACUCUGAUCUGGACAAGUUGGCUAUCAACACCAUCCGUGUUCUCGCGGUUGAUGCCACCUCGAAGGCCAACUCGGGUCACCCCGGUGCCCCCAUGGGCAUGGCCCCGGUCUCCCACGUUCUGUUCAACAAGUUCAUGAACUUCAACCCCAAGAACCCCGACUGGGCCAACCGUGAUCGUUUCGUUCUUUCCAACGGCCACGGCUGCAUGCUGCAGUAUGCUCUGCUGCACCUCUUCGGCUACGCUCUCUCCAUGGAUGACCUGAAGAGCUUCCGUCAAAUCGACAGUAUCUGCCCCGGUCACCCCGAGUCUCACGACACCCCCGGUAUUGAGGUUACCACUGGUCCUCUGGGUCAGGGUUUCUCCAACGCCGUUGGUCUGGCCAUUGCCCAGGCCCACUCCGGCGGUGUCUACAACAAGCCCGGUUUCGAGCUGUUCAACAACUACACCUACACCUUCUUCGGUGAUGGCUGCGCUAUGGAGGGUAUCGCCUCCGAGGCUGCCUCCAUGGCUGGUCACCUUAAGCUGGGCAACCUGAUUGCCAUCUAUGACGACAACCACAUUUCCAUUGGUGAGGAUCAGCCCAACUAUGGUGACACCAAGUGCGCUUUCACUGAGGACGUCAUGCAGCGCUUCGAGUCCUACGGCUGGCACACCGAGUGGGUCAAGGACGGUGACAACGACCUCCAGGCCAUUGAGGAUGCUAUCCGCAAGUGCCAGCAGGUCACUGACAAGCCCUCCGUUAUCAAGCUGACCACCACCAUCGGUUUCGGCUCCAAGCUGGCCGGUACUGGCGGUGUUCACGGUAACCCUCUCAAGGCCGAUGAUGCCCAGCACGUCAAGAGCCAGUUCGGCUUCGACCCCAACCAGAGCUUCGUCGUUCCCCAGCAGGUCUACGACCUCUACAACCAGCACGCCGCUGAGGGUGCUGCCAAGGAGCAGGAGUGGAACCAGCUCUUCCAGAAGUACCAGCAGGCUCACCCCACUGAGGGUGCUGACCUGGCCCGCCGUCUGGCUGGCAAGCUCCCCGAGGGCUGGGAGAAGAAGCUCCCCACCUACAAGUCCACUGACGCCGCCGUCGCUUCCCGCAAGCUGUCCGAGGCCGUCCUGGAGAGCAUCCACGAUGUCAUCCCUGAGCUGCUGUCCGGCUCUGCUGAUCUGACUGGCUCCAACAACACCCGCUGGAAGAACGCCGUUGACUUCCAGCCCCCCCCACACGCCAUGGCUGCUGUCAUGAACGGUCUCGCCGCCUACGGCACCGUCAUCCCCGCCGGUGGUACUUUCCUGAACUUCGUCUCCUACGCCGCCGGUGCCGUCCGUCUGUCGGCUCUGUCCCGCGUCCGUGUCAUCCACGUCGCUACCCACGACUCCAUUGGUCUGGGUGAGGACGGCCCUACUCACCAGCCUAUUGAGACCCUGGCUCACUUCCGUGCCCUGCCUAACUGCAUGGUCUGGCGCCCGGCCGACGGUAACGAGACCAGCGCCGCCUACUACAUGGCUCUGACCUCCAAGCACACUCCCUCCAUUCUGGCCCUGACCCGCCAGAACCUGCCCCAGCUGGAGCUGUCCACCAUUGAGAACGGUAUCAAGGGUGGUUACGUCGCCGUCGACACCCCCAACGCUGCCGUCACCCUCAUCUCCACCGGUUCCGAGGUCAGCAUCUGUAUCGAGGCUGCUGAGUACCUCCAGAAGAACCACGGCAUCGCUGCCCGUGUUGUCUCCGUUCCUUGCUUCGAGGUCUUCGAUGCUCAGGACAAGGCCUACCGCCUCCAGGUUCUGCCCGACGGCAUCCCCGUCCUGUCCGUCGAGGCCUGCUCCACCAUGGGUUGGGAGCGUUACUCUCACGAGCAGUUCGGUCUCAACCGCUUCGGUGCCUCCGGCCCCUACAAGCAGGUUUACGAGAAAUUCGAGUUCACCCCCGCUGGUAUCUCCAAGCGCGCUAUUGCCACCAUUGACUUCUACAAGGGUCACUCCGUGCGCUCCCCCAUCAACCGUGCUUUCCAGCAGAUCCUGUAA